AUGCGUCUUGUUGUGCGGACAGCUGUGGCGGCCACAGUGGCUGUGCUCACCAUCGCCUACGCGCUGUCAUCUCUGCACUGCACAGAGGCUGUGGGCCAAAGUUGCAAUGACAAUUCAGCGUGUGCUCAGGACGGGAGCGAAAAAUGCAAGAGUGGUUCCUGCAAGUGCAACGCAGCCUAUGAGCACUAUGAGAUCACGGCCAUUCCAUUCCUUGACUACUGCAAGAAGUGCACGUUCGGAAGGUACAAAGAUUCGGUCGGCAACUUUGAUUGCUACCCAACAAGACGGUGUGAGCCAGGACAUCGGUACAAGCACGUGUCCAAGAAUCAAGAUGCCACAUGUCCCGCCUGCGAAAGUGGCAAGUACCAAGCGAAGGUCAAUCACCGUGACGACAACUGUUACACGUGGUCCACGUGUGCAGCUGGCAAGUACGUCAAGCAAUCUGCAACCACGAAACGAGACCGAAGCUGCGACGCCUGCCCAGCAGGGAAGUACACGCCCAGGUCCAAUCGUCUGACUUGCUCCGACUGCCCAAGCGGCAAAUACCAAGACAACAGCGGCCGCUCAAGUUGCAAGACAAGCACGACCUGUGAUGACGGCUACUUUAGCAUCUCUGAGCCGCCAACCUCGGAUCGCAUCUGUGCCAAGGCUUGCAGCCCUGGCAAAUACAGCACCUUGCAGAGCCUUGACACGUGCAUUUUGUGCGAACCUGGCACUUACCAAGACCAAUCGGGUCAAACCGGCUGCAAACCGUGUGUGGACGCCUAUCAACCCAUCGCUGGCCAAUACAGCUGCAUCACGUACAACACCUGUGGUGCUGGAACCAAGUUCAAGGCUGGCAGCGCCACAGCUGACCGCACGUGUGAAGCCUGCGAAGCCGGCAAAUUCCGAGCGAGCCCAAGCCACAAGUACACCACGUGCCUGUCAUGUCCGCCUGGCACGUUCCAGCCAAAAUCGGGGCAGAGCGGGUGCUUGUCUUGUUUCGAGUGCACUAUCGGCUACGCCGAGGACACGCCAUGCACACCGUCAACUGACCGCACAUGCACAGACAAAGAUCCACCGGCCAUCGUGCUGCGCCGUCCAGACAACAACGCCGUCAUCACGAACACUUAUGUCGUCGAAGCCACGUUUGCCUUUGAGCCCCCGAUCUUCACCGCAACAGACGCAGCAGCCGGCGCUGUCACCAAGACACUACCACCCAACAUCGACGAUAUUGACACGAGCACUGUGCGUUCUGACCAGAUGCUGACGUACAAGGCGACGGAUGCGAACAUGAACACGGCAACACGCACCAUCACCGUGGUAGUCGUGGACACGACAGGGCCCGCCAUCACAUUUGACCCUGCAGUGCUGCAGCUGGAGGCCGGGGAGGAGGUGAUGCGCAGCAACUUCACGGUCGGCGUUUCCAUCGUGGACCGCGUGGACGGAACACUGGGCAUCAACCUGCUGGAAUACGAUGACAGCGACGUGAACGUGAACACGCUGGGCAUGUACGAGGUGGUCUACACGCUGUCUGCACCCGACUCGAACAACAACGAGGCGCCGCCCACCACACGCACAGCAGCCGUCGUCGACACCCUUGCACCAGUCAUCACCAUUGGUUUUGGCGACCGCGACGUGUCGGAACACAACGUGGUUAUCCACGAGGCGGCAACAGAGUUUAUCUUCCCGAGCCAGUCUGCAUUUGAUACAUUCGACACCGCUGUCAAUGGCGGCGACGUGCGACGCAACGAAGAGCCGACCUUCAGCUCGGUCGUGGACGACGGCACGCAGUUCACGUUCACGUACACGGCGACGGAUGCGUCGGAUAACACGGCGACGGUGGUGUAUGUGAUUGAGGUGCGGGACACGAUGGCGCCAACCAUCACCAUCAAUGGCGAGCACAACAUCACGCACGAGGCCGGGACGGAAUAUGUCGAUGCAGGAGCAACAGCAACAGACCUGCUGGAGGAUGCGAUUGGGCGCGGGGUGGAGGUGGUGGUCACCAACAACGUGUUGAGCAAGCCGCCGUCUGCGCCCGCUGUGUUCACGGUGGAGUACGACGCGUGCGACAAGGCCGACAACUGUCGGCUUGCCAUUCGCACCGUGCACGUGCUGGACCGCACGGCACCCGUCGUGACGCUGUAUGGCGCGGAAGAGGUGCACGUGCCGUAUGCGACACGGUAUGUGGAGGCCGGGUACAGCGCACAGGAUGUGCACGACGGCAACGUGACGUCGCAGGUGGUGGUGAGUGGGGCCGAUGUGAUUGACGUGCACGUGGCGGGGACGUACGAGAUUGAGUACGCAGUGAUGGAUGCCAGUGGCAACACGGGUGUCGCGGUGCGGACGGUGGUGGUUGAGGCGCUGAUGCGACCGGAGCAGGAGGAUGUGGUGGUGGAGCUGGUGCUUGCAGGCAUGCCAGAGACCAUCUUUGGCGGGGUGUUGCAGCUUGAGCGCGAUCUGGAGGAAGCGCUGAAUGUCGAGAUUGUGGUGGUGUUCAACGUAAAAGAUGGUGGAAUGAGGAAGACUGCGCCUGGCGUAUCAACAAGUGCGACAGUGGUUGAGUUUGGGGUUCGGGCGUCUGACACGCUGCAGUGGAGGGAUGCGAAAGUGUUUGCGGAUGACCUUGCCCAGCAGGUGGCGUUUGUUGGCGACGUCCGGGUGUUGGGUGCCAGUGUUGCUGGGUCCAUGUCGUCUUCAUCGUCGCCAUCAAGAGGCGGCAGCGUUGCCGGGCCCGCCGCUGGCGGUGUUGCUGGGCUUCUUCUGCUGGUGGUUGUGGCUGCUGUUGUGCUACGGUGUCGGUCACGAACGGCCAAGUCUCGUCUCGCAGCACCGGGUGCUGAGGGUGCUGUCACCAUGAAUCCGACGUUUGAGGGAGGACAAGUUGAACCGGAAGAACAUGUGUACCAAGUGCCAGCGCGCUUGCUGGCAACGAUGCCGGGAAGCGCAAAGAACACCCGCCGUCAUACGCGCUGGGACCCCUCCUUUUACGACGUGGGCAAAUCUGAGACGCAGCAGCAGCAGCAGCAGCAGCAGCAACAACAAAAGCCGCCACCACAACACCAACCACAGCCACAACAACCCCUGCAGCCGCAGCGGAAGCAACGAAAACAGCACGACGGUGCUGAGAAUGUACGUGGCACGGGGGAGCGUGAUGAGGAUAACGGCAAUCGUACACGGCCGCAGUCAAUUCACGCGUGGUCCUCAGAUUUGUAUGACACACACGAAGGGAGUGAGCACGCUCUUACCUUUCGGGUGGCCGUGCCAACCCACUCGUCAACACUUGCGUCCAAUGCGUCAAGAGAUAUAAGAGAUGCUCCGGUGUACGACGUGGUGGAAGUUGUGCACUCGAGGCGGUGACAGGCCGCCUUCUUGGUCCGUUGGACGUUACCCACCUGUUGCUUGCGUUCGUGAUUCUUCAUGUCUUCAUGUGUUGGCACACACACACACAUGCACAUGCGCGCGCGCACACACGCACAAGACGAAAAGACUUCCCUUCCAGACU